ACCGGAAGUGUCCCUGUUCCCCCUUGCAGUGGGGGAAGGACUCAAACCCCAAAGAUGGCGGCGGCGUCGGAGGAGCGGAUGGCUGAGGAAGGAGGCGGCGGCCACGGCGACGGCGGCUCCUCUUCGGCUAUCGGCUGCACCCAGCGACUGCCCCCACCGCCCCCGCCCCAGCUCCCGCAACCGGGAUCCCAGGCCCCAGCCCCGGCGCUGGCUCCGGACCAGCUGCCUCAAAACAACACGCUGGUGGCGCUGCCCAUCGUAGCCAUCGAGAACAUCCUCAGCUUCAUGUCCUACGACGAAAUUAGCCAGCUCCGCCUGGUUUGUAAAAGAAUGGACUUGGUCUGCCAGAGAAUGUUGAAUCAGGGAUUUCUAAAAGUGGAGAGGUACCAUAAUCUAUGUCAGAAACAAGUUAAAGCACAACUCCCUAGGAGAGAGUCCGAAAGGAGAAACCAUUCAUUAGCCCGUCAUGCAGAUAUCCUUGCUGCUGUUGAAACAAGGCUCUCACUGUUAAAUAUGACUUUCAUGAAGUAUGUGGAUUCCAAUCUCUGUUGCUUCAUCCCAGGAAAGGUGAUUGAUGAGAUUUAUCGUGUGUUGAGAUAUGUCAAUUCUACCAGAGCCCCUCAGCGAGCUCAUGAAGUGCUUCAAGAGUUAAGGGAUAUUUCCUCCAUGGCAAUGGAGUACUUUGAUGAAAAGAUUGUUCCAAUUCUGAAGAGGAAAUUACCAGGAUCAGAUGUGUCUGGAAGACUCAUGGGCUCUCCUCCAGUUCCAGGACCUUCUGCAGCCCUGACAACAAUGCAGCUCUUCUCCAAGCAAAACCCUUCAAGACAGGAGGUUACCAAGCUCCAGCAGCAGGUUAAGACAAACGGUGCUGGGGUGACUGUUCUCAGGCGUGAAAUUUCUGAGCUUCGCACCAAAGUGCAAGAACAACAGAAACAGCUUCAAGACCAGGACCAGAAACUGCUAGAGCAGACCCAGAUCAUAGGUGAGCAGAACGCACGGUUGGCAGAGCUGGAACGCAAACUACGAGAAGUAAUGGAAAGUGCGGUGGGAAGCUCCUCAGGGUCUGGGCAGAAUGAAGAGUCUCCUCGGAAACGAAAAAAGGCCGCUGAAGCCAUAGACUCUCUUAGGAAAUCGAAACGCCUCCGGAAUAGGAAGUAAACCUCGCUCCAGAGGAAGCCCCGGCUUUGUGGCUUGAGCAGUUCCGCAUAUCAGGAUGCCGUGAGCAGCACGGUGUCCCUUCGGCUUCUAGGCUUUCAGAACACACCUUAAACUUGAACUCUCGCGGUUGGGACAGUCUUCUCCCGCUUCUCCUGGUUGGACUGAUGCACAGAACCUUUUUACUUUGCAAUAGAUUUGUACUAACCACACCUGUUCUAUCAUGUUUCAAGACGUUAACUUUUUUCUGUGCAGAUGUUUAAAGUAAGUUUAUUUGUCUCUGCAUAUAUGCACAUUACAUAAGGAUCUUAAACCAGUCUUGACAGACUAGAAGUUAAGUUUAAUACAGAAAAUGUCCUGUUCACUUGAAAGAAAAGACCUACUUUUUAAAUGGACAGUAUCUUGGUUUUUUUGUUUUUUUUUUUUUAAAGUUGACUUUUUGUUAUAAGUGACCUUUGUCUGGAAUGUCUGAAAAGUAGUAAAUGCUUUUUGGUAUUGAAGUAAUGGGUAACUAAAAUGGACUCCAUAGUAUUGACUGUAGAAGGGGCCUCUACAGUAUUGACUAUAUUUUUAUAAACUACUGGCAAGGGACUUAUCCAGUUGUUAGAUCCAUGUUUUCAGUUCUCUUGGGGGCCAUGUCCUACGUUUGCAUGGACGGCUGCAUGCACUGCCUAGUCAGCUCGCUUGAAAAGCUCUUGCACUGGUAUCGUCUUGAACCUCCCUCCUGCUCCACUCUCUAGAGCAGCGUCUUAGUUUAAGGCUUAACAUCUUGCACCACGACAGCUUUGCCUCGGGGGCGGGGGGGCGGUAUGUGUUAGUCCAUUUGUCCUCCACUUUUACGGGAAUGUGAGAGUCCUCAAGCCCAUCGCGUUAUCUGCCCUCUGUAGGGUUCAGGGGCACUGGCUGAGGCAGAACCCCAAAUUCUUUCCAUUGGCGUCAGACCUCUUGGUACCAAGUUCUGUUCCUUGCUCACCACUGUGCGUGCUCAUUGAUCUAACAGUCAUGCCCUGUGGUGCGAGGAAGGAACCCAACUUGUGGGAUGCAGUUUUGCCAUUGAAAGAAAGUCUGCUGAAGAAAAUCGUACUAUGAAAAAGCAUUUUGAUCAUUUCAUUUCUGGGUGGGGGGAGGUGACCUGAGGGAAGCUUUUUAAUAUGACGUUCAAGCUUUCCUCAUCCCGCAACUCUAAACAAAAGCUUUAAUUUCGUUUGCACUCCUGUUGUGAGCUUGUAACUGGAAAAGCAUGUCUUGCACUGUUCAACCUUCUACGUGGUCACUUUAACAACCUCCAAAUUGUGUCCAGUGAUUCUUUUCCCCAGUUGUGUAUUUUUGAAACAUUCAGCUAUUACUGUCCUAGUUUUAUUUUAAUGUACUAAAUUAGGUAGUCACGAUUUGACCGUUAAGUUCUUUGAAGCAACUGUUGCCUUGGGCUUCAGUAAUUUAAGAUCAACUUAGGUGUCAUCUAGAGUACUGUCGCUUUCCAGGUGGCAGUGUGCCGCCUGUAUAAAACCUAAGGCUUUGGUAAGUACCUGAGUUGAAUAAAAGCACAAGGUCACUGCCCUUUUUUUAUCCGUCCACCAUGACAUGGUUAUGCAUCCUUUAGGUUAAGCUCUCCAAAUGAAACAUUUUCUUACCCAUUUUUAAUAUUGUCCUGACUUUAUAUUGUCCUUAGAGUUCGAUCAGUUCUUUGUCUUAACUCUGAAAUCUGAAGCACCAUUUACAAUGUAGUAUGUUUUCAAUGAAAAGCCGUAAAAUAACAUCCAAGUGUUUCGUGGUUUGUUGGGAAGGUAACUCUAAAAUAAACAGUUUCCAAAACAUUUGUCAGCCAAGGUCAUCCAUAAAAGUCCCUGUCUGGAACUCAUUGUCUCCGCAGGUCUCGCUCGUGUAAUCCUAGGAUUUAGCCAUAUUGUCACAACUCUGGAGGAGGCCUCCUGGAUUGCUCUUGGUGUUGAAUAGUCUGCUUUCCUGGUAAUAGGAAAUCUUUUUUAAGGAACAGAAUACUUGUCUACAGGUUUACAAAAUAUGAACCUUAUGCAUCAAGGGGAUUUUUUUUUUUAACAGUUAUUAAUGAAUUAUUUUACGUUUCCUGGGUUUCUUUUUAAACUACACCUUGAUACCCCAAGUGUCUCUAUUGUCUUCCAUUAGUUAACAGGAGUAUUUGGCUUCCCUAAGAAGCAUCCACACUGUAUUAGAAGCUGGGUUUUCCGUUUGAAAAUCCAAAUUUCUGCCGUAUACACUUGUAACCACCUGCCCAUAAGGUUGAUGAGGUGCACUUGUAAAUGCAUGAAUGUGGCGUAGCAGUAGGAGAUUACAGCACUACAGUUGCAUUUUAAGUCUCAGAUCUUACCUGGACUAGCUCAAACAUGUUAAGCUAUGAUUGCCUUGGCCAAUUUGAUGGCUAUUAUACUUGCAUUUGUAUAGUAUAAUAGUAUGUAAGUUUCAACAAAUCACGAAAUGUUUCCAUCAGCCGAAAGUGACAUAUGUUUCAGGAACAUUGUAAAUUCGCUUUCCCAAGAGAGAAUUUAAACGCUCCGCUCCGUGUCAAUAUUAUGUUGUCUAGAGCAACAUUUCAUCAAGUAUUCCUGUCGUCUUCCUUGGCUGUCUUUCAGAGGAGACGUCUCUAAUGUAGUGAGUCAUUCCCGCUCACACAGUGACGCUGGUCCAACACUGCAGACAGAUCCCGUGUGGCAGGAACGAUGUACAGAACGCAGGGGACGGCCUCCCCUCGCCCCCGCCACCCGGACCGGACUUGGUGGGCACAUGCUCGGAGAGAAUGGAUUAGUUUAGAAGGCGAGGAUGCAGACCCCUGUUGUCCUCCGAGCUCCUCUCUGAGGUAAAGAGCUUGGAGACAAUGGGGCAGACCCAGAUGUAAUGCGAGUAAUCAUUCUGUUUAAAAAACUUGGGGUGCCAUCCGGUCUAAAGCCACUGGUUUUGGAAGCAACAUUUUUUUUUUUUUUUGUAAAUCGUGUUUUUGGAGUACUGAACUUCAUAGGGGCUUGCCUUAAUCUCUAUUUAGUAGUUUCAAGACGUAUGCGCUAUUAUUCUACUUGUUAAAAUGUUAAAAUAGUCUAUGUAGCCCCUAAAGUGGGUAAAACAGAGUAUAAUUAAUGCCUAAUAAAUAAGCUAAAAGGUGUCACUGCAGCUGGAUUUUUGAGAGAAAAUGGACAUAUGAACAUAGGCUAUGUGUAAUAAAAAUAAUGGCACCUUAAGAUUGCACUAUUUUAUGCAUUAUUUUAUAUGCCAUUUCAUAGCCUGCACUUUAAUCUCCAAAGAAACGAUGUGUGAUGUCCCAGUUGUUCCUUAUUAUUAAUAAACUUUUUCCUGAGACAGGGCACUUAAUUCUAUUUUACUAUGCCGAAUUAGUUUCUUGGAGGUGGAUUCCUUUUUUGAGUUCUCUAUUUCCUUAGCCAUAAUAUUUUCUAGGAUCUAGGAACUCCCUAUCUUGUCUGUUUCCAACAGUAUGUAAUUUUAAUUUAAUGUAAUAUAAAAUCUCAUAUGUGGUGAUCAGCACAUUCUUCUCUCCUGCUCAAGCAAUGAGUACGCAUUUGUUAAUACUUAGCAAAACCCUCUAAAAAUGAUCGUAUGCUGUAAGAUCGAAGGCCAGGAAGAAAGGCAUUCUGAAAGGAAGUGCCGUGUAUGAUACCGCCUCUUGGAAAUGGCUAUUUCUAAGGUAAAAUCCAACCGGAGAUGCCAUUCAGUUACUUGAUUUGGGAUCUGAAUUCCUUUAAAGUGAAUUUUCAAGAAAUGCUCAAUCUGCAAAAUGAAACUAGCAAUUAAUUGACUACUGCCAUGAUUUUUAAUAGCAAUACAUUGAUCUUUGCGAUACAUACGAUAUAGACUUAAGUAACGUUGGCCUUUUCCAGUUUCCUAAGACUCUUGUUAAAUUUCUGAAAUUCAAACUUAAAUUGAAUUUUUUUCCUGUUGUGUCUGAAGAGAACCAUGGAAUUCUAGAAGCAUUUCGGUCAUCUGUUAGGUCCAUUGCCAAAGUAUACCAGUUCAUAUCAAAGCUAUACCAAAAGUUUAGAUGUGUUUUAAAUUCCUUUCUGUGGUACCAUGUCUGUUUACUUAUGGUCAUGAGCAACAAUCAAUUACUAGCUUACGUUCUGGAAUUUUAAUUGUUAAAACCGAAUUCAAUUACUGGAAAGUGAAAAACACCUCCCGGUCACACAACAGGGUACGUAAAUAAAUGUGUUGUUACCAGUG